ACCAAUAACCUACUCGCUUUUUUCACCUGGAUCUCCCCAUUUAUUUCUCAAACCCAAAAAAUGGUUCGAAAUGAUCAACAAAUAACCGAUACUAACUCAAGCCAAGAACUCCCUGUAACUGCCACCGGCGGCGGCGGCGCCACCCACAAGAAGUUAACUCUAAUCCCACUUAUAUUUCUAAUAUACUUUGAGGUCGCCGGUGGGCCCUACGGUGAGGAGCCGGCAGUUAAAGCAGCCGGGCCAUUACUAGCCCUAUUGGGUUUUCUAAUCUUCCCAUUCAUUUGGAGCAUUCCCGAGGCUUUAAUCACCGCUGAACUCUGCACCACCUACCCCGGUGAUGGCGGAUUUGUUAUAUGGGCUGAUCGGGCAUUCGGCCCAUUUUGGGGAUCCAUUAUGGGCACAUGGAAAUUCCUGAGUGGAGUAAUCAGUAUCGUUUCAUUCCCUAUUCUCUGUAUCGAUUACCUAAAGAAAUCAUAUCCUGUUUUUGGUUCAGGAUUAAUUAGGUAUUUAGCAAUAAUUAUUUCAACAUUAAUCCUUUCAUUUUUGAAUUAUACUGGGCUUAAUAUUGUGGGUUAUGCUUCUGUUGGACUUGGGAUUGUUUCACUUCUACCAUUUUUGAUCAUGUCUGUUGUUGCUAUACCUCAAAUCCACCCUCAUAGAUGGCUAAGUUUAGGUCAAAAAGGGGUAAAAAAAGACUGGAAUCUAUAUGGAAAUACCCUUUAUUGGAACUUAAAUUUCUGGGAUACUAUUAGUACUAUAGCAGGCGAAGUUGAUAAACCCCAAAAAACAUUCCCACUUGCCCUAUUUAUAGCUGUGAUUUUCACUUGUUUGGCAUACUUAAUUCCAUUAUUUGCUGUAACUGGUGCAGUUUCUGUUGAUCAAUCUUUAUGGGAAAAUGGGUUCAUGGCUGAUGCUGCACAAAUGAUUGUUGGGAAAUGGUUAAAAAUUUGGAUUGAAUUAGGUGCAGUUUUGUCCGUUAUUGGGUUAUUUGAAGCUUCAUUAAGUAGCUGUUCUUUUCAAGUUUUGGGUAUGGCAAAUAUUGGGUUUUUACCGCGGUUUUGUGCAGCAAGAUCGAAAUGGUUUAACACUCCAUGGGUAGGGAUUUUAGGAGCAACUGUGAUUACAUUAGGUGUUUCAUUUUUGGAUUUUAAAGACUUGAUUUCAUCAACUAAUUUUCUUUAUAGUUUAGGGAUGUUAUUGGAAUUCGCCUCGUUUUUGUGGUUGAGGAUAAAAAAGCCUCAAUUGAGGAGGCCAUAUAGAGUGCCAAUGGGUAUGCCUGGUUUGGUGAUUAUGUGCUUGGUUCCUUCUGUGUUUUUGGUGUGGAUUAUGGUGAUUGCUACUAAAACUGUGUUUUUAGUUAGUGGUCUUAUGACUGUUGGUGGGAUUGUUUGGUUCUUUUUCAUGAAGUUGUGCAAGGCUAAAGAAUGGUGUGUUUUUAGUACUAUUCAAGUUGAGGAAUGAGAGAAAGAUUCAAGGUUAUUCUUUUCCGCUGGUUGUCACGAAUUUAUCGCUUACCCUCCACGUUUACCUAGGCUUGGGAUCGACAAUGGAUAAUCGGCAAUGAGCACUCACAGGCGAAGGCGCGAAGCUAAGGCCUUAACAACUAGUUAUGGAUUUCAUUCGUUCGGACAUACUUGCUACGUUAUGUUUAUUAACACUUUUAUCAUUCUAGCUUAUUUUAUGUAUUACAACUAAUAUGUAGGAAAGAAUAUAUUCAAGUAAUAUUUUGUUUGAAUCAUUUAAUCGCAUAUUUUUAUGAUGUUAUUUUUUUAUAGUUUUUAGUUAUGUAUGAUUCAAUAUAUGAAUGAUCAAAAUAAUGUAUUGGUUUUUUAGUUAAA